AUGAAUGGAAAAAUCAGUAAUGAAGUUGUUAGAUGUGUUCUUGGUAUUGAAGUUGAUAUUGAUAGCAUUAAAGGUAUAGUUUUGAAUGGAAGGAAAAAAAGUUGUUAUACAAUUCAAUCCGGUUAUGGUGAAAUAACAUUUGAGAUUUCAGAAAAACCAAUUAUUGAUGAAAAUGUAGAUGAAUAUACAAUGAAUAAAGAAAAGAAAAAAGAUAUUGUUAAUAAAAAGAAGAACUUUGAUGAAUUAAAACAAAUAG